AUGCGCUUCGAUAUCUCGUCCGUCGUUACCUCUGUUCUGGUCCUCGCCACCUGCUCCCUCGCCUACCCUUCUCAGCCUUCGCCUUCCGAUGCUGCAAUCACCGUAAACGGCGCACUUGUCACUCUGCCAGUUGAGGCCGUCAAUGCCCUGCAGCAGGCAUUUGCUUCUGCCUAUGCACCGCGCUCAGAUCCAGGCCUGGCCAAGCGUCAGAAUCUCGUGAAUCCGGCCCCUGCCACCACCGAGACCAGGGACGAGAGUGAUCCUUAG